AUGGUGCAAGUCAAGCAAAAGGUAGCUCUGAUAUGCAUUGACGGCUGGGGUAUCCCCUCCGAAUCGUCUCCCGCAGAAGGCAAUGCAAUUCUCAACGCCGAGACACCAUGGAUGGACGAGUUCGCCAAGGAUGGCAGCAAGAUCACCCAAGGCUACACCGAGCUCGAAGCCUCCUCCCUCGCCGUCGGUCUGCCUGAGGGUCUUAUGGGCAAUUCCGAAGUCGGUCACUUGAACAUCGGUGCUGGACGGGUCGUGUGGCAGGAUGUGGUCCGCAUCGAUCAGACCAUCAAGAAGGGAGAGUUGAACAAGGUUGAGAAUGUGGUCAAGAGCUUCAAGAGGGCAAAGGACGGUAAUGGCAGACUCCACCUCUGCGGUCUGGUCAGUGACGGCGGUGUCCACUCGCACAUCAACCACUUGAAGGAGUUGAUCAAGGUCGCCAAGGAGAUUGGCGUGCCAGAGAUCUAUAUCCAUUUCUUCGGUGAUGGUCGUGACACAGAUCCAAAGAGUGGAAAGGGGCAUCUCGAAGGUCUCCUGGCAUUCUUGAAACAGCAAGGCGUGGGCAAGCUGGCAACGAUAGUUGGCCGUUACUACAUCAUGGACCGUGACAAGCGAUGGGAUCGCGUCGAGAUUGGCCUGAAGGGCUUGGUCACCGGCGAGGGCGAAGAGACUGACGACCCAGUCAAGGUCUUCCAGGCACGCUACGACAAAGGCGAGAACGACGAGUUCCUCAAGCCAAUCAUCAUCAACGGCAAGGAAGGCCGCAUCCAGGACGACGACACCGUUUUCUUCUUCAACUACCGCUCAGACCGUGUCCGUGAGGUAACACAACUGCUCGGUGACCAGGACCGAUCGCCAAAGCCAGACUUCCCAUACCCCAAGGGCAUCGCGAUCACGACCAUGACCCGCUACAAGACCGACUUCGACCUGCCUGUGGCAUUUGCACCACAGGUCAUGGACAACGUUCUUGCCGACUGGUUGAGCCAGAAAGGCUGCAAGCAGAGCCACAUUGCCGAGACGGAGAAGUACGCACACGUAACAUUCUUCUUCAACGGUGGUUUGGAAGUACAGUUUGAUGGUGAAGACCGUGAGCUCAUUGACUCACCAAAGAGUGUAGCGACUUACGACGAAGCACCGAAGAUGAGUGCGAUGGGUGUCGCAGAGAGGAUGGCAGAGCGUAUUGCUGAUGGCAAGUACGAAUUCGUCAUGAACAACUUUGCGCCACCCGACAUGGUUGGACACACUGGUGUCUACAAGGCAGCUGUGGAAGGUGUGACCGAGACCGACAAGGCGAUUGGUGUGGUGUACGAGGCAUGCAAGAAGCACGGCUACACAUUGUUCAUCACCUCGGACCACGGCAACGCAGAGGAGAUGUUGACUGAGGAGAAGACGCCCAAGACAUCUCACACAACCAACAAAGUCCCCUUCGUCAUGGCCAACGCACCCGAAGGCCUCUCGCUCAAAAAGCAAGAUGGCGUACUGGGCGACGUAGCACCAACAGUCCUAGACAUCAUGGGCAUUGAACAACCAGAAGCCAUGACCGGCCACAGCCUGCUCCAACGUAAGUAG